AUGUCCUCGUCGGUACUUGUGUGCUACGUGAUACAGGGAGACGACGAUGACCCCGAAACCGGCGUGCAGUCUAGCUUUCGCGUGGAUCGGCCGACCCCGCCGCGGACGCUGACGUUGUUCCGGCUGAGAGAGAUGUUUCCCUUCGAAGGGACGUUUCACUUCCGGCUCAAGGUGCCGGACGCGAACGGCCUGUCGGACUACUGCUGGGUAGACCUCACCACGGACGGGGAUGACAUUCUGGAGCUGGCCGAGAACCUCGGGGGGCUGGAGGGCGGCAACAGCGGGGGCCACCCGCAGCAGCGGGUGCACCUCAAGAUUCUCCCUAUCGAUUUCGGCGGCCCUGUUGAACACGAGGCCGCGGAAAAUGCUCCAGCAGAAGCAGUACCGGCACAGGAUUUCUAUGCCGGGGAAGGGGUGGGAGUGGCUCACGGUCCGGGGCUCGGGCUCGACGCGCCAGGAGCGAGGGGACAAGCGACUGCGGACGAAGACCUUGCGUCCGGGGUGUCGGGGAUGGACAUAGGUGGCGGAGAGCGAUUCGACGUCGGAGACCACAGCGGCAGCGGCACCAGAGUGGCGCGGGAGAGGCGGGGGGAGAGGUCCUUCGACGUUGAUGACGACGAUGACGACGACGACAAUGAUGGACGCUUUGGUGCGGGUGGGGGCGGUGGCAGGAGUCCCGUCGGUGGCGGGAGUAGGGGCGAGCACGGCGACGGAGGGAGGAGAGGGGACAGGGGACGGGGGUACGGCGACGAUGGCGAUGAUGACGGCCAUGACCGCAGAUAUCGCGGGGGCGGGGGCGCGUACGGUGACGAUGACGAGGACGAUACUUGGAAGGCUUCUGUGGUGAACCAGGCUUCCCAGGGGGUCAAGGACUUUCAAAAGAAGACCUCUCAGGUGGCCAAGACGAUGGGAUUCGGGGCAAAAAAGAUGUGGAACGCGAUCAACAAGGGCGUCGGAGGCCCCGUGGUUCCUUCCGAAGAGGCGAUGGAGAACCUCCACGAACUGGCCAACUUCCUUGGAACCCCCUUUUCCGCCACGAGCCGGGAGCACGUGAACGACCUCGGGAAGGUGUGGAUGUGCCUCUUCCCAGACGACGAGUUUGAGGGCGCCGAGUCUCCGAGAUGGCAGGAGGCGGGGUUUCAAGAGUCGAAUGUGUCCCUGGACUUCCGCGGCACAGGUGUCCUGGCGCUCAAGUCAAUGGUCUUCUUCUGCCAGGAGUACGACCGAAAGGCACUAUCGCUGUGCCGAGCGCAGUCGGCAGGGGGUUCCUCCCACUACCCUUGGGCGGUAGUGGCCAACAACCUUACCUUGAUGCUGGCUGAUGUCUUGGAGAUGCGGGCGAAUCAGUUCGCGUCGAGCCGGAAAGGAUACUGGGGGGUGUUCGACAGGCGGGGGGCGUUCUUCGAGAUUUUCUGCAUGGCCUUCAGACUACUGGAUCACACCUGGGCGGAACGAGGCGCGAAGCGGAGCAACUUUGGCCAGAUCAUUGGAUACACGAAGAGUGUCAUUGUGGAGCUUCUGGAGAGCAACCCUCCGAACCUCCCGGCGUUCAUGGGGCAGGCGGAAGAGAUGGGCAUGCUGCGAUGA